AUGUUGACCAAGUUCGAGACAAAGAGCAAUAGAGUAAAGGGAUUGAGUUUUCACAGCAAGAGGCCAUGGAUCUUGGCGAGUUUACACAGUGGUGUGAUUCAGUUGUGGGAUUAUCGUAUGGGCACUCUCAUCGAUCGAUUUGAUGAGCACGAUGGACCCGUCCGCGGCGUCCACUUUCAUAAGUCUCAACCCCUUUUUGUAUCUGGAGGAGAUGAUUAUAAGAUCAAGGUUUGGAAUUACAAGUUGCAUAGGUGUUUGUUUACUCUACUUGGACAUCUUGAUUAUAUCCGAACUGUCCAAUUUCAUCAUGAGAAUCCCUGGAUCGUCAGUGCUAGUGAUGAUCAGACAAUCAGGAUAUGGAACUGGCAAUCGCGCACUUGCAUUUCUGUUUUGACGGGGCACAAUCAUUAUGUGAUGUGUGCCUCCUUUCAUCCAAAAGAAGAUUUGGUUGUUUCAGCCUCUUUGGAUCAGACUGUUCGUGUUUGGGAUAUUGGUGCGUUGAAGAAGAAAACUGUUUCUCCUGCUGAUGACAUCCUACGACUAGGUCAGAUGAACACAGAUUUCUUUGGUGGAGUUGAUGCUGUCGUUAAGUAUGUUCUAGAAGGCCAUGAUCGAGGUGUUAACUGGGCUUCAUUUCAUCCAACACUCCCGUUGAUUGUCUCUGGAGCAGAUGACCGCCAAGUGAAAAUCUGGCGCAUGAAUGAUACAAAGGCUUGGGAAGUGGACACGUUGAGAGGGCACACGAAUAAUGUGUCAUGUGUUUUGUUCCAUGCAAGACAGGAUAUCAUCGUGUCAAAUUCAGAAGAUAAAAGUAUUCGAGUUUGGGAUGCUACUAAAAGAACUGGUCUGCAGGCUUUCCGCAGGGAGCAUGACAGGUUAUGGAUCCUUUCAGCUCAUCCUGAGAUGAAUCUUCUAGCUGCUGGUCACGACAAUGGCAUGAUAGUGUUCAAGUUGGAGAGAGAGCGUCCUGCUUUCUCUGUUAGUGGUGAUUCUGUGUUUUAUGUCAAAGACCGAUUUCUGCGUGUUUACGAGUAUUCCAUUCAGAAAGACACUCAGUUGAUACCAAUUCGCCGGCCUGGUUCUAAUAGUUUGAAUCAAGGGCCUCGAACUCUUUCGUACAGCCCUACUGAGAAUGCUGUUUUGGUCUGCUCAGACAUGGAUGGGGGAUCAUAUGAACUCCAUAUUUUACCCAAAGAUAGUUAUGGUAGAGGCGAUACAGUUCAAGAGGCAAAAAGAGGUAGUGGGGGAUCGGCUCUGUUUGUGGCUCGAAAUAGGUUUGCUGUGCUCGAGAGUAGCAACCAAGUCUCAGUUAAGAACCUGAAAAAUGAGAUUGUCAAGAAGAGCAUUCUUCCUCUUGCUGUUGAUGCAAUAUUUUAUGCGGGCACUGGAAACUUGCUAUGCAGGGCUGAGGACAGAGUUGUCCUUUUUGACCUCCAACAGAAGAUUGUUCAUGGGGAUCUUCAAACUUCUUUUGUUAGGUAUGUUGUUUGGUCACAGGACAUGGAGAGUGUUGCUUUGCUGAGUAAACAUUCAAUAGUCAUUGCUGAUAAGAAGCUUGCACACUGCUGCACCCUUCGCGAGACAAUCCGUGUCAAGAGUGGAGCAUGGGAUGACAAUGGUGUAUUCAUUUAUACAACACUUACACAUAUUAAGUACUGCCUUCCUAAUGGGGACAGUGGAAUUAUAAAGACGCUGGAUGUCCCAAUGUACAUCACGAAAAUCUUUGGCAGCACGAUAUUUUGCUUGGACCGAGAUGGGAAAAUUCGUCCCAUCAUUGUCAAUUCGACUGAAUAUGUUUUUAAGCUAUCCCUGCUAAGGAAGAGAUACGACAAGGUCAUGAGCAUGAUUAGGAACUCAGAACUCUGUGGGCAAGCAAUGAUUGCUUAUCUACAGCAGAAGGGCUUUCCACAAGUCGCCCUUUAUUUUGUGAAGGAUGAAAGGACUCGCUUCAACUUGGCGCUUGAAAGUGGGAACAUCGAAAAGGCACUUGAAUCUGCUAAAAAGAUUGAUGAGAAAGAUCACUGGUAUAGACUAGGGGUUGAGGCCCUUCGCCAGGGUAAUGCUGGGAUUGUUGAAUAUGCUUACCAGAGAACCAAGAAUUUCGAGAGACUAUCCUUCCAUUAUCUGAUAACUGGAAAUUUGGACAAGUUGUCGAAAAUGGUGAAAAUUGCCGAGGUCAAGAAUGAUGUGAUGGGACAGUUCCAUGACUCUUUGUACAUUGGUGAUGUCGGUGAGCGUGUUAAGAUUUUGGAGAAUGCCGGUCAUUUGCCCCUUGCAUACCUCACAGCCUCAGUCCAUGGGCUCCAUGACACUGCCGAGCGUCUAGCAGCUGAACUGGGGGAGAAUGUUCCUUCUUUGCCCAAGGGGAGGAGAGCUUCUCUUUUGAUACCCCCAAGUCCUGUCUUGUGUGCUGGAGACUGGCCUUUGUUGAUGAUCAGUAAAGGGAUUUUUGAGGGCGGUCUUGACGAAACAGUCAAAGAUGCACAUGAGGAUUAUCAGGAGGCUGCAGAUGCUGAUUGGGGUGAGGCUUUGGAUAUUGGUGAGGUCGAGAACUUGCAGAAUGGAGAUAUUAGUAUGGUACUGGAGGAAGAGAAUGCAGAGGAAGAAAAUGAGGAGGGAGGAUGGGAUCUCGAGGAUCUGGAUUUACCUCCUGAAACACCAAAGACUGCUGCAACUGCUCGUUCUUCUGUAUUGAUUCCUCCCACUCCAGGUAUGCCAGUAAGUCAGAUUUGGGUGCAAAAAUCAUCACUUGCUGCUGAACACGCAGCUGCUGGAAACUUUGACACAGCAAUGCGUUUAUUGAGCCGACAAUUAGGGAUAAGAAACUUCUCCCCUUUGAAGUCAUUAUUUCAGGAUAUUCACAUGGGCAGUCACACUUAUUUACGUGCCUUUUCAUCGGCCCCAGUGAUCUCGGUGGCAGUUGAGAGGGGUUGGAGUGAGUCAGCAAGUCCCAAUGUGCGUGGCCCCCCUGCACUUGUGUUUAAUUUUUCUCAAUUGGAAAAGAAACUCAAGGCCGGUUACAAGGCAACAACUGCGGGAAAAUUUUCUGAAGCACUUGGACAUUUCCUGGCUAUCCUUCACACAAUUCCCCUGAUCGUGGUCGAAACAAGAAGGGAAGUGGAUGAAGUUAAGGAGUUGAUUAUCAUUGUAAAGGAGUAUGUACUGGGUUUGCAGAUGGAACUCAAGAGGAGGGAAUUGAAGGACAAUCCGGUUCGUCAGCAGGAACUGGCUGCAUAUUUUACCCACUGUAUUCUUCAGACUCCGCACUUGAGACUAGCAUUAUUGAAUGCAAUGACUGUUUGCUACAAGGCACAGAAUCUAAGCACUGCAGCCACCUUUGCUAGGCGACUUCUGGAAACCAAUCCUACGGCUGAAAACCAAGAAAAAUUGGCCCGCCAAAUUCUACACGUGGCUGAGAAGAAUAUGAAGGAUGCCAUCGAUCUGAAUUAUGACUUCAGAAAUCCUUUCGUAGUGUGUGGAGCCACCUACGUGCCAAUAUACCGGGGCCAAAGGGACGUAACGUGCCCAUACUGCAGUUCACAUUUUGUUCCAUCCCAACAAGGGCAGCUUUGCACUGUUUGUAACCUUGCAGAGGUAGGAUCUGAUGCAUCUGGCUUACUGUGUUCUCCUACACAGAUUAGAUGA